CACCAAGACCAGAAUGAAGAGAAAAACAUCAAAAUGCAAGCCUUUUUUGGACUUCGUGCAUUGGACUUAAUGCUUCUAAAGUUACCUGGAAUCAAGCAAAUUUAUGAUUUGAAGUUGAUCCAUACACUUUCGAUUGAGGUUCUGAAAUGUAUGUGUGAACACAUAACAACUUUAAAUCGCAAGGAAAGUGAAGAAGGUCUAUUGUUUCGUGCUUUCUUUGAAGCUAUCCAGAAUGGCAUGGAGGAGUUUGUGGUUGCACUGUUGAAAGCCAGACCACAAACAAUUAAGCUAGUUGCUACAAAUUCAAGAAACACUUUAAUGUGUGCACUUCAAUAUCGUCAAGAAAAAAUUUUCAGCUUCUUUUGUAGCAGUGAUGGAUGGAAGCUCCGUUUUCAUGGGACCGAUUGUUUCGGUAAUAAUUGCUUACAUAUAGCAGGUAUGUUAGCCCCUGACUUUCAACUAGCUUGCAUUUCUGGAGCAGCCCUGCAAAUGCAAAGAGAACUGCAGUGGUUCAAGGAGGUUCAAAGCAUUGUUCCAGAGUGGUGUAAAAAAGCUAGAAAUAAAGAGGGUGAAACUCCAAGUGAUGUAUUUACAAAGAGCCACAAGGAAUUGGCAAAACAAGGGGAGAAAUGGAUGAAAGCUACAGCAAGUUCUUCUAGUAUUGUUGGCUCUCUCAUCAUUACCAUCAUGUUUGCUGCAAUUUUUACUGUUCCUGGCGGUCACAAUCAGGAAACUGGCUUUCCCAUUCUCUUGGGUAAAAAAUCAUUUAUGGUAUUCUUGAUCUCAGAUGCAAUUUCCCUCUUCACUGCAUCCAUCUCAGUGUUGAUGUUUCUGGGAAUCCUCACAUCACGUUAUGCCGAGGAAGACUUUUACAAGUCCUUACCUCAGAAGUUGAUUUUGGGCCUUUCAACACUCUUCAUCUCUAUAGCAACAAUGAUGGUAACAUUUUCUUCUGCUCUUAUAAUUAUGUUACAAGGCCGUUGGUCAGUAAUUAUUCCAAUAAUUCUGCUAGCUGCUCUUCCUAUCACUCUUUUUAUGUGGCUGCAAUUUCCGCUCCUUGUUGAAAUUUUUAUUUCAACCUAUAGACCAGGAAUCCUUGUUAAGACAAAGAAGCAGUGGCAUUAGCACAGUAAAUGUGUCCAAUUUGCUCAUCAUGUAAUCUUCAAACUUAUAUUAGUCAUACAUGCUCCUAAUCAUGUACUGUGUGUUUCGGAACUAGCUCG